AUGGCAAUAUGUUCGUUUGAUUUGAAAUUCACAUAUAUCUACGCUGGAUGGGAAGGAUCGGCAAAUGAUUCAAGAAUUUUAUGGGAAGCUUUGAGUAAUAUAAGUUUGAUGUUUCCUCAUGCCCCUGAAGGAAAGUAUUAUGUUGUUGAUGCUGGAUAUCCAAACAUGCCUGGUUUUCUUGCUCCAUAUCGGGGAGUUCGUUAUCACUUACAUGACCGUAAAAGAGGAAGCAAUGGAAGGUUCACUGCAAAGGAGUUGUUUAAUUUUGGGCAUUCUUCAUUAAGGAAUACAAUCGAGCGAAGCUUUGGAGUUCUUAAAUCUCGUUUUCCAAUUUUGAGAGAUCCUGCCUCAUUUCCAUACAACACCCAGGUACAAAUAUUAAUAGCAACAUGUGCAAUUCACAAUUUCAUUAGGACGGAAUCCAAGUCUGAUGAACUGUUUGCAUAUUAUGCAAAUGAAGAAAAUGUCAUAGAUGUUGAUACAUCCCCGUCUGAUGAACCGACGUUUAGUGGUAUGUACGCACAUCAACAAAGAAGAAGUGAAAUGAAUCACAUGAGAGAUGAAAUUGCCGAUGCCAUGUAUAGGUUUCGAUACCGAAACUAG